AUGAAGAUACAAAUAAGUAGUAAAGAAGAAAAUGAGAAAUAUUCAAUUAGAAUAAACCCAAAUGUCAUUACAAUUGAAGGAGGAUAUGCAUGUGAAUUUGAAUUAUUCAUUACAAUCAAAUGUACAACUAAAAUCAAAGAUAAAAUAAUGAUAAUUAGUAAAACACUUAAUAAAGCACAAGAAGAAACAAUCAAAAGUAUUUCUAUUGAAGGAGAAACAGAAAUAUCAACACGACUUGAUCCUGAUGAAAUAAAAGAAGAAAAGAAAAUAGGAGAAGGAUCAUUUGGAAUUGUUUAUGUUGGAGAAUUUAGAGGAAAUAAAGUAGCAAUUAAGAAAAUGAAACAAGUUGAAGAAAGUGAAGAUAAAAAGAAAGAAUUUGAGAAAGAAGUAGCAAUGUUAGAUAAAUUUCGAGAUGAAUAUAUCAUUCAAUUUUAUGGAGCAGUAUUUAUUCCUAAUAAAAUAUGUAUGGUAACAGAGUUUGCAAAAUAUGGAUCAAUACAAGAUAUAAUGAAUAAAAGAAACAUCACAGAAAUAUCAAAGAAAAUAAGAAUCAAAUUUAUGAUAGAUGGAGCAAAAGGAAUUUCAUAUCUUCAUUCAAAUGGAAUAUUACAUCGAGAUAUUAAACCAGAUAAUUUUCUUGUUGUAUCACUUGAUGAUAAUAUUGAAGUUAAUUGUAAAUUAACGGAUUUUGGAAGUGCAAGAAAUAUUAAUAUGAUGAUGACAAAUAUGACAUUCACAAAAGGAAUAGGAACACCAAAAUACAUGGCACCUGAAGUAUUAAAUCAUCAACAUUACAAAAUGCAAUCAGAUAUAUAUUCAUUUUCAAUAACAAUGUUACAAAUCAUCACAUGGCAAGAUCCAUUUCCUAAAUCAGAAUUUAAAUUUCCUUGGAAACUAGCAGAAUUUAUAUCAACAGGUAAUCGACCAGUCAUAAUACAAGAAGUAGAAGAAGAUAUUAAAGAUGUUAUUGAAAAGUCAUGGCAACAAGAACCAAAAGAAAGAAUAAGAAUAGAUGAAAUUGUAAGAAUAAUAAUAAAAGAAAAUCAUAAUCAACUUAAUGUUGUGCAACUUUAA